CGGUCGAAAGAUCCAAAAGAUCGCGAUCCUUUGUGAAGAACAAUGAUGAGAACCGUAACUCUUCCACUUCCCUCAUUUUUGUUGGCAGCAAUCCAACGCCAAUCCCAUCCUCAAUCCAUAGCCCACUAUAAGGUACCUGUAGUAGUACCGUAGACUUAAAAGACACCAUGGCUACAGCAGCGAUACAUUCGAGAGAUGCCACGGGCAUGAAAGUCUCGUUUCGCGAAGAUGUGGUGUUUUCUCCCGAGGACACCAAGGCGCUGUCGACUCGGUCCGGAAUCUCCCACUCGAGUUAUGGUUCGGGUGACUCGCCGUCUUCCUCCACCAACAAGUUUUCCAAACUCCGCUCCGGUCUCAUUCGGGAACAAACGAAUCGAGAUCCCUUUUUUUCGUAUCAGGUCACACGCCAUUUGGGCGCUGGAUCCAUGGGCGAUGUCAAGUUGGUCAAGAAACGAGCCGAUAAAGUGGGCGGAUCGGCCCGACGAGACAUUCAAGAAGCUGUGAGGCGACAAAAACGAGAAAAGGAGUGUUUGCGAAUGCCCGUGGUGGGUUCCAUCUUUCAGUUCUGUGUCGAUGGCGAUCUCAAAGUCGACGACGGAUCGGCCAGUCAUCACAGCUUUCUCAGCAUCACCAAAGCCGUGGGGGAAGAUCGCACGGUUUCUACUACUUCGAGGAGUUUUGAAGACUCGCUUUUGAAUGGACUGGGUGGUGCGUCACCCGACAACAACAACAAUAAUAAUAGCCACGAAAUCAUUUAUGCCAUGAAAUCAAUCCACUUGAAUCAGGUCCAUCGCAAAGAAAUUGUCGACGAAUUGAGAAAUGAAAUUGCCAUUUUGAAAGACUUGGAUCAUCCCAAUAUUGUACGAGCGAUUGAAACCUUUGAAUUCAAUGGGAAAAUAUCCAUUGUCAUGGAAGUCUGUUCCGGUGGAGACUUGUUUGCACGUGAUCCCUACACCGAGCCAGAGGCCGCUCGCAUUGUCAGUUCCGUUCUGAGCGCCAUUGCCUACAUGCAUUCUCGACAAAUUGUACACCGGGAUCUCAAGUUUGAGAACAUUUUAUGGGCCAAUACAUCUCCCAUGUCCGAAAUCAAACUGAUCGACUUUGGUCUCUCCAAAGUCUACGUGGAUCACAACAAAAAACUCACAGACGCCUGUGGAACAAUAUACACCAUGGCACCCGAAGUCAUCUUGGGACAACACACGGAAAAGGCAGACAUGUGGUCCAUUGGCGUGGUUGCGUUUAUGCUACUGGCUUCAGCACUUCCGUUUCAUGGCAAGGGACAAACGGAGGUCAUGAGACGCAUUGUCAACAAUUCGUACGCGUUUGAUGGACGACGAUGGAAAAGAAUUUCACCACAGGCCAAAGACUUUAUUCGACAGCUGCUCGUAUCGGACCCCGACCAUCGCGCCAAUGCCGAACGGGCUCUGGCAUCCGAGUGGUUGACGCUCCAGUCGGCACCGACGGGUACCGAAAGGGCUCUACGACCGGAGGAAGAGAAAAUGGUGGUGGCCUCCAUGCAACGAUAUUCCGGGUAUCCCAAACUUCAAAAGAUGGCACUGAUGGUCGUGGCGCACAAGUCUAGCAGCGAAGAGAUUGGCGCCUUGCGCAAACAGUUUCAGAAAUAUAACUCCCGACAUGAUGGCUCCAUUUGGUUCGACGAGUUUUGCAAAGCCAUGAGCGAAUAUAACCAUUCCAAUGAAGAAUUGCGCUGUAUAUUUGAUGCCAUGGACUUGGCUGGUAGCGGCAAAGUCCGAUACACGGAGUUCAUUGCCGCCACCAUUGAAGCCCACGGGGCAAUCAGCGAAGCUCGUUUGGCAGAAGCAUUUGAUCGCCUGGAUUGCGAUGACUCUGGGUACAUUACGGCCGAUGACUUGAGAGAAAUUCUGGGCGAUGGCCUUUCACGGGAGGAAAUCGAUGCAAUUAUUGCCGAAGCAGACUUGACCAAGGACAAAACUGUCUCCUACAGCGAGUACUUGGCACUUUGGGAAGGCAAACACGAGACCAACAAAGCUGAAAACCCCAAGGCCUUACAAAGCGAAUUCACAAGCUUUCGGUCGGAGAUGGACGCCUCCGAUAUGGAAGCAGCCGACGCGCGGAACGCCUUCCUCCAAGAAAAGAACCUUCAAAAUACACUCCAUACAUGGUCUCUGGAGAUGCAGCUUCCAACCCAAGAGUUUGCGAAGGGAUGCAGUUUCUUGCAUGUAGUGGCCCUGGGCAAUCUAUCCGAUGUGGAGGUGGUCCUAGAGGAGCGACCUACGCUCAGUCUAUUCCGAGACUAUGACCGCCGAACAGCCCUGCACAUUGCUGCUGCAGAAGGUCAUGUGGAUAUUUGUGCAUAUUUGAUAAAGAAGGGAGCCAGGGUCAACCGGAGUGACCGAUGGGGUGGCUUUCCACUGGAUGAUGCCCACAGGCAUGGAUGCUCUGAUGUAGUCAACCUAUUGCGCAAGCAGGGAGCCAAAUUUGGAAACACUUCUCAGACAGUAAAUCUCAUCACAGCUGCUUCACAAGGAAAUGUUGAGGAAGUCAGGACACUGUUGGAGUUUGGAAGCAUGGAUUUGAAUCAAGGUGACUAUGAUCACCGUCGGGCAUUGCAUUUGGCAGCCAACGAAGGUCAUUUGGAAGUAGUGAAAGUACUUUGUGAGGCUGGGGCUGAUGUCAAUGUGAAAGAUAGAUGGGGGGAUCGGCCACUGGAUGAUGCGAGAAAGGCCAAGAAAAAUGCAAGCGCCAUAGUGAAAGUUUUGAGUGGAGCUGUUGUUGUGCCUUCCCCCGAUCAACAAUCCGCAAGAAUGCAUGAUUUGUCAGCCCAACAAAGAGCGACUUUGAAACCAGCUGAAUCACAAGAUGAAGGAAUGACACAACUCCCAGUUCAAGAAUUUGCCAUGGGAUGCAGCGUUCUCCACCAGGCAGCCUUGGGGAACCAGGUUGUCUUGGAAAUGAUAUUUCUGGAGCAACCUGCACUGAUUCAUUUCAGGGAUUAUGACCGCCGUAGUGCACUGCACAUUGCUGCUUCAGAAGGCCACGAGGGCAUUUGCCAAUAUUUGGUCAUGAAAGGUGCAAGGAUCAACCGUGUUGAUAGAUGGGGAGGGUCUCCUCUUGAUGAUGCCCACAGGCACAAGCAUGCAGAUGUUGUCAAGUUUCUCCGUGAGAAUGGUGCAAAAUUUGGAAGCACCUCUCAGGUGACCAACUUCAUCACAUCAGCAUCAGAAGGAGAUGUAGAGGAAGUUCAAUCCUUUCUGGAAUUCGGAAGUGUUGAAAUAGAUGUUGGAGAUUACGACAAAAGAACAGCAUUACAUCUAGCCGUUGGUGAAGGGCAUUUGGAAAUUGUCAAGUUGCUCUGUCAGGCCGGUGCCAAUGUCAACGUCGAAGAUCGAUGGCGACAUCGCCCUCUGGAUGAUGCAAGGUACACCAAGAAGAAUUCUGCUGACAUCAUGAAGGUCCUGCUAGAACAUGGGGCAAAAUCCACCAAGAUUUCUACCAUGAUGAGGACAGCUCUUUUGAAGUUGAUGGGAAGGUAGUGCGUAGUGCAACUCAGCCUGGCGGAGGCUGCGUAUAUCAAUGCCAAUAAGCAAACGAACUAAGUUGAUUCCCUGAUUUCAGAGACUUGGCGAAGAAGGAUUGAUCCGUUUUGAUCCAUUGUUGGAUGAUAAAAACAAGAUCAGAGUUUUGAAGUUAACUGUAGUACGCGUCGAAUAGUCCUUAGAAUACGGUAGAGACGGAAGACGAUUCAACCACC